AUGAUGUUUAUCUCAGAGAAUGUUAUUAUUCCUAUCAGGAACAGAACAGGAUUUUUGAGACAGGCUUUAAAAUCUUCCCUGCUAUAUCUAUGGGACGUUUACUCUGCACCUGCACCCGCCUGCAGAGACGUCCCGACUCUACUGUCUCUCUGUUUCACACUCACCGUUGUCACUGGCGGCCUGCUUCAUCACUGGCUGUCAAAAACUCUGAAAUACAACCAUGAAGCGUCCAUUCAGACCGCCUGCAUCUACAGUGUGAGCAUGUUUCUGGUCUCGUUCCUGUGUCACCCUCUGCGCUGUGUGCUGACCAUGACUCUGCCCACUGUCUGCACCAAACAGGGACGCAAGCUCCUCAUCACAGCCUCUGUCAUGAUCCUAGUUCUGAACGUCAUCCCUAACAUUACGGUGAACGUAGGGACGGUCGUUCGCAUCUUAAAGUGCACCGCUGAGGGAUUCACAAAGACUUUGUUAAACUCAUCUGAGCCUUUGAAUAAAGCGAAGAGAGAACUUGUUGAGGAAGCCAUCAAAGUGAAGAGGGAAGACUUGAGCAUUGUCACCAACUUGAGGAAGUUGGAUCAUUUCACACAUGUUGAUGUGUCAGAAGUCAAAAGCAGGUUUACUAAGAUUAUUGCGCAGAUAGAGGUCAACUUCUCAAAUGCCAAGAACCUGCUGAAAGAAUACAAACUGCUGUCGAACCGGAUCCUGGCUGCCAUUUUUGUGGCUAUGCUCAUCUUUGAAUCUGCCCGCUACUUAAAAUCGUUUCUGGCUUCAGUAAAGUUUGAUAAUGGUUACAUCUCCAAAGGGCUCCUGCAAAGAGCGGAAAAUAAAAGCUGCAAAAUAACAAGUCAGGAAUGUACUUCCUGUUUCAUAACACUAGUUGUGGUAACAUUAUAUUUCAUUGCAAUAACUUUAAUAGUAGCUUUAGAUUAUGUUGUGUAUCAUAUAGUUCAGGCUAUUAUGCCGUGGAUUCUGGAUUUUCCACCAACAUCUGCCAUUAUAACUGUCAAUUAUAAGGUUCAGUGGUUCACCCCUGCCUUUUGUAUCAUCCCACAAUCCUGUGUCACGCGGGAGCUCACAAACUUCCACAGGGAUUACAAGUGGACUUUCAACCCCGAGCCAUCUCUCUGUGAGGUGACGACUUCAGCUCCCAACCUGGGAGUGACACUCCUGCUGGGAUGUCUUUGGGUGAUGAGCUACUUGCUGGUGUUCCUCGAGGUUUACGCCAGACGGCUGUGCAGGAAAAUCUCUGCGUCCUUUUUCAGAGAGCAAGAGGAGAGGAGGAUGGCUUACUUGAUGAAGAAAGUACAAGUGAAGCAGAGUAGAGCAAAUCAAAAAGAGACUAUUUCUGUAGAGGUUGGCCGUGGGUGACUGUUACUGGACAAUGUAACUCUUGUCUGAUUUUUCUGAGGAUGUUUAUCAAACAUGAUGGGAAAGCAAUGUUGGUGUGUGUUGGUCGGCUUUGAUAUUUUAACAAUUAUUUUAUGUAUUGCCAUGACAACAGUGACGGUUCGAGAUCAAUUCAAAAUGUGGAGGACAGGCUGAGGCCACGCUUUUAGGGAUACCAAAAAUAUGACAUACUAGGAGGUAGGGCAGGCGUCCACUAAGCAAAAAGUCUGCAGUUUGAUUCCCCUGCCCCUUCAGUCUACAUGUUGAAGUUUCCUUGGGCAAGAAACUGAACCACAGUGAGUGUGCUGUGAAUGUUUAUCCCUCCUGAAGAACCAGAACAGUUUGCAUGAUAAGCUCUGCCACAAGUGAGUGAAUGGAUGAAUGCUGACUUUUGUUACAAAGCACAAUGAGUGGUUGCUAAGACUAGAAAACCGCUGAAUAACCCUGUAGCAGUCGCACUUUAGCAUUUCCCUCAAAGCAAUGUUGUGCCUUAAUACAGCAAACUCUGUAGUUAAGAAGACUGUCUUCUUAACUAAAGUGCAGUUUUUGCUUUCAUUUUUUUAGCACAUCCCUCACUGCUCUUUUUGUGUCUGUUCUUGCGAAACAUAAACUGAAGACAGAGCAUCCUGUGUUAAAACAGUUUUUCCUGUGCAGGCGUGUGACCACUCGACACACUGAGACCUGAUGUGGUAUUCACAGAUGUACCUACUUAUCUGCUCAAUUUGCUUUCAUCUUGUUUGUCUAACAGGUUGUUGCUGUUUUUAACAUAAAUGUCACAGAGCUGAU